UGUUUUUGUGCUGCAACCGGAAUUCUUUCCACUUUAAUUUGUUUUCUUUUCAACUGAUUUUGCAAUUUGUGCAUUUUUUUGCACAUUAUAAAAAAUUAUCAGGUACCUAGAGACGCAAGUGGACACAAAAAUUAUGAAAAAUGGAUCAAACUCAGGAAAGUACACCGCCGCACAAAGACUUUGAUGACUUCCAAGACGAGCAUCUCCGAGUGACGACCAUGCUGAAGGAAUUGCAGGAGAAAAGGGUUGAAUAUAAUUUGACGCAAAGGGAGCUGAGCAAGUGGACGAUGAAAGCGAGCGAGAAUGAGCGGAUGCUGGAGAGCGAACGGCGCUCACUAGCCGGCCUGCAGGUGCAGCUCGACUUCCAGACCCAGUUGGUGCGCAAGAAGGAGUCCGAGGCCGAAAGUGCCACGCAGAAGGCCACGAUGCUCGAAGUGCAGCUCGGCCUGGCCAACCAGGAAAUCGGCGUCCUCCGAAACGAGUGCCAAAAUUUAGAGGUGCAAGUUUUAGACAUGAACGAGAAAGCUGCGGAACUGGAGGAGAAGCUGAAAAAUAUGACGGCGUUCAAGGAAUUGUGUAGUGGGCUUCAGGAGAAGGUGACUAAUUACAUGGCCCUGUCGGAAAAGCAGACCGCUUUACUGAAGACAGAAGUGUCCAAUUUAAAAGCAGAGACGGAGAAGUCCUGCCGGAACGGUGUGGAUUUUGAGGCCACUGUGUCUCUCUUUGAAAGCCAGCGGAACAAGCAAGAACAGGAGUUUUCCAGGAUUAAACAAGUUCUCAUGGACAGAAAGAAGCAAAUUGAAGAGCUAAAAAUGAAUUUGGUGAAGCUGAAAAAGCCAAGUGCCGCGUCUGAUCCGCUAAUUAGCAAAAUAUCAGAGCUGCAGAGGAAGUCUGACGUCAUGGAAGAGCGUUUGGAAAACGAGAGGAAAAUUUCUAGGCAGCUCAAGAACAUCUUAAGCAAAGCAGUGCAGUCGCAGGAAACGCUGCAGGCGCUCGAGUCCGAGGCAAGUGCCAAGUUAAGCGCGGCAGAAGCCAAACUGGCCGCUACUAUCAGCAAUGAAGAAUCCCUCAAAAUGGAAAUCAACUCUUUAAGAGAGGAACUUUCCAAGUUGGAGAUGAAGAAAAAUACUCUAGAAAAGAGUGUGCAAACAGAACAGGCUGAAAAUCCAGCUGAAAAGGAACAAGAAGUUGAAAAGAAGGAUAGUGUUGAGGAUGAAAAUAAGUCCGAGUCGGCCAAAAACCUGGAUGAGGUGAAAAGGCAGUUCCAGUCUGCCAUUGCAGCCUCCGGAGAUGACUGGACCCAGUACGAAAACAUGUUCAAACAGAACUAAAAUCAUGCGCGUAAGUAAAAGUUGCCACAGCUUUAUAAAUUAAAUUUUAAU